AUGAAGUUUUUGCAAAUAAAGUUUCGCGAAAAGCAACCAGAGGGGUUUGCAAAGAGAGGCAUAAAUUGGCAUUUAUGCAGUGUCAUUGUCAAGAAAGGUGGGAAGCUCGAAGUCUCCUCUAACGCUCACCUGUUGAACAGUUGUAGCCAGUAUUGGUUCGCUGUUCUCUCAAUCCACGAGCAACUCAUGACUCUCAUAAAAAUAACCCAUCCAAUCAUUACAAAGGUGUACCUAAGAUCAGACAAAGCGGGUUGUUAUUACACCAGCGGUCUCUUAGCGGCCCUCCGAGUUGUCAGAAGUAGUCAGGGAAUUGACGUUGUGAAAUAUGAUUUUGCGGAACCACAGCACGGUAAGGAUAUUUGCUACAGG